UGGCGGAUGAGAUUCAAGUAGCACAGGUUUCGAGGUCGCGUCCCUGUCCUCCGACCCCCAUCUCCACCUUCGUCUACAGAUCCAGCCAUCCCAAGCCAUGAGCAUCCCAGGGCUCCCACUACCGGCGCCGGUUCAUGAGCUGAACGCGACGUUUGGCGUCCUCCUCAUCGGCUUCAUCUUCGCAGUCACUCUCUAUGGGUUGACCUUCUUCCAGACGUACAUUUACUAUUCGCGUUUCCCUUCCGACGCGUCGUUGUCGAAGUGGACGAUCGCUCUACUAUGGGCUGUGGAUACGGCUACAACUACACUGCUUUCGCAUACGCUGUACUACUAUCUCAUCACUAGUUUCAUGGCACCGUUCGAUGAGCUGGAUGUGACGAAGACGUUUGUCUCGGAGAACGCUCUUGCGGCAGUUGGCAUCUUCUUGGUGCAAGUGUAAGUACUGCAUCUGCUUAUGGUAAGGGUUCCCGUACCGACUUCUCCUUCCAGCUUCUAUGCGCACAGGGUCUUCACUCGUGAGUUCAUUACGUCAAGUCUAGCCAUUUGGUUACACACCAAUUGUUUUGCCUGCAGUGAACGGGAAGAACCCUGUGAUU